AUGGUACGGAAAUUCAGUAAAUUCACAGAAGAAGAGCGUGCUAGGAUGCUUAAGAGUCUGAAAGAACAGGCUGAAAAACACAAGAGUCAUCCUAGAAUUUACCAACCAGGAAGUCAAGAUCAGCUUAGAGAAUAUUGGGAAAAAUAUGAGGGAUUGGAUAAGGAAUCAUUCAAUUCUCGAACGUUAUUUGCUGAUAUUGAUUUAGAUGGAGACGGUUAUCUGAAUAUCCAUGAAGUUGAAGCACUUUUACAAAGAGAACUUGAAAAGGUUUAUAAUCCUGAAGAUCCAGAUUACGACCCAUGGGAAGAAAAGUAUGAUCAAAGUAGAAUGCGACAAAAAUUUAUGGAACGAUUCGAUACAGAUGGUGAUUACUUUGUUUCCCGUGAUGAAUUUCUAAGAGGUGUUAAUCAACCUUAUCCAUCAUAUGACAGUGAUUGGAUGACUGCUCAAGAUGAAGAGGAUAUGUUCGAAACAAAUGAAGAGGAAUUAAGAAGAUUAGCUAGUGAAGCACAAUUAAAAGAACAAAAUCAUUUGACUCAUGAACCAGAUCGUCAGCAAACAACAACGCAACAGCCAAAGGUACAAAAUGUAUAG